CCCGCCCCGCGGAGCGCUCGGGAGGCGGCGCGGCGGGGGCGCCCCGGCGGCAGGCCCGCCCCGCGGGGUGCCCGCCGUCACUGCCGCGGGCGGUUGGGCCGCCGGCGCCUCCCCCGCCGCGGCGGCCUGAUGCGGCGCCCGGCGCCGCCCCGCCUGGCUUCCUCGCCCCUUUUCCCCGAAACCCCUCCGCCUUGACCGAGGAGGGGGGGGGCGAGGCGGGGGGGGGGGGGGCGGCGACGCCCCGUGCCCGGUGCGCCGGCCAUGCGGGGCGCGGCCCCCGGCGGCCCGGCGGCGGGCGGCGGGCGCUGAGCGCGGGCGGCGGCGAUGCCGAUGCCGGGGGGCGGCGGGGCCGCGGCCGCCGCCAGGCACCCCCCGUCCGGCGAGGCGGCGGCGGCUCCGCGGGACGAGGAGCAGCAGGAGGAGGAGGGCGAGGAGGAUCUCCGCGACGGCGGCGUCCCCUUCUUCGUCAACCGCGGCGGGCUGCCCGUGGACGAGCCCACCUGGGAGCGGAUGUGGCGGCAUGUGGGCAGGAUCCACCCCGAGGGGGAGCGGGUGGUGCAGAGGAUCCGGGGCGCCGCCGACCUGCCCAAGAUUCCCAUACCAAGUGUGCCUGCGUUCCAGCCGUCCACCCCCAUCCCUGAGCGCCUGGAAGCUGUACAGCGCUACAUCAGGGAGCUUCAGUACAAUCACACUGGGACACAAUUCUUUGAGAUUAAGAAGAGCAGACCUCUGACUGGGCUGAUGGACCUGGCCAAAGAAAUGACCAAAGAGGCCCUGCCAAUAAAAUGCCUGGAAGCUGUGAUCCUGGGAAUUUACCUCACCAACAACAUGACCACGCUGGACCGUUUCCCCAUCAGCUUCAAAACGCACUUCUCAGGGAACUACUUCCGACACAUUGUGCUGGGGGUGAACUUUGGAGGCCGCUAUGGGGCACUGGGCAUCAGCCGACGUGAGGAGCUCAUGUACAAAGCACCCGUCUUCCGCACACUGAGCGAACUCAUCUUUGACUUCGAGGAGGCGUAUCGCCGCUGCUGGCACACUCUCAAAAAGGUGAAGCUGGGCCACUGUGUGUCCCAUGACCCACACAGUGUGGAGCAGAUUGAGUGGAAGCACUCCAUCCUGGAUCUAGACAAGUUAACCCGGGAAGACUUCCGCAAAGAGCUUGAGAGACAUGCCCGUGAUAUGAGGCUGAAGAUUGGCAAAGGAACUGGGCCACCAUCUCCCACCAAGGACAGAAAGAAAGAUGUCUCCUCCCCACAACGAGGUCAGGCCAGCCCCCAUCGGCGCAACAGCCGUGGGGACCGACGGCCAUCUGGUGAGAAAAAGCCUGCCGAUUCCAAAGCCGUGCCAGACCUCAAUGGGUACCAGAUCCGGGUGUGAAGAGAGCUGUGCCUUGUGUGCCUGGCUCCACGGACUUCUUGCUGGCCACAAUGGGGACCUGGAUCCACCUGCAGUGAUUCCGGCAAAGGGGACAGGGGAGCGGGAGCGGAACAGAGUGCUGAUCUUCCCAGGUACUUCCUAGUGGGCCAGUCCCAGAGCUGGAUCCCAUGGGUCCCAGAGGAUUCACCUGCCUGUUUCUGGGAGAGGUGUCCAUCUUAAUACACUGAAACAAAUAUUUUUAAAAAAAAAAAAUUAAAAAGAUAUGUACGUUGGUGGGAGCUUGCUGCAGAAAGGAUACGAAGUGAGUGGGGUCAGCAGACUUGCUAUCAAUUUUUUUGUGUUGACAGCAACUAGAUGAAGCAUCUUGUUGACAGUACUUCUGCCCUGUCUGCACAGAAGUCUUCAACCCAUGCAAGGCCUGCAGGGCUGAGAGAGAAGUGAUGCUGCAAUGGGAUGGCCCCCAUAUCUUGUGCAAAAACUCCUGGUUUUGUCAUUAUGAAUACUUUGUUUAGCAUUGCUCUUGUGAGAGACAGGGCUGAAUUUGUUCAGCCUGAUUUAUUGAUCAUACAAAGACCUCUCAUCUGGAGAAACCACAUCUUGUGUGUUUAGUCCUCCCUAUUUCAAAGCAUUUCAUUGUCUCUGAGGGGGUAGACAGUGGGAUGAUGAUCCUCUUUACCCACUGCGAUACCAGUGAGCUGUCGUUGUAAGUCCUUUUGUGGUUAAGGGGGUCAGGAUAUGCCCGUAACAUUGCCAUAUGAAAACAGGUACACAGACCCCAAUCGUCCCAGCAGUGGAGGCAACGGCAGGCAGGGGCUGGUGGGAAACCCGAACUUUGAGUCAUCUCUUCAUCAGCCUUCUAUUAACUUCUAGUGACUGCUACUGUGAAAGCUUGCAGAAGGCACUCCAGUCACUGAGGUACGAGUUUUAAAAGUUAAAGAAGGAUUUAAUGAUGUGAAAAGGUUUUACAAGCAAUUUUCCUUUCCACAAGGGUCUUGCUCCUUCCUCACUGUAGUGUUAGUGCUAGAGUUACAGACACCUGUUGGUGGGAAGCCCUGCUCAAGGAGAUGGCAGCUGCUUUCCUGACAGUUCAGCCUGGAGUCUCCUGGAGGCAGUUCCCCACCUCAGUCCUAGACCUGUGCUCAUUUUCUGGCUCUUCAGAUAGCUGCAGUAUUUAACAGCACCACUUAAGCUAGCCUUUGCCAAAGGGCUGAGCUGGGCCUUUCUGCCUGCUUACAGCCUCGACUCUUCCUACACUUCUUUUCAGGGGAAUGUUGUACUACUGAUUAAGCAGUGUAACAUCUGUCAGAAAUCUGGAGCGUUGUCAGACCUCUCUUUGAGGCCUAGGGCCUGGAAACAAUGGGGUUGCCAGAAGUCAGAACAGCAUGGCCUUGAAGUGAUCUGGAUGUAUGGAUCUAGGGCAUGCAAAAACUGAGGCAUGGGAGUAGGAGUAUCCUUGAGAGAAACUACACCUUGAUGACAAAGGAGCUGAACUUUCGGAAGUACUACAUAUUUAAUUUUCUUAGAACUGGGCUUAUUCUUUCCUGUGAACUUGUUCGAAACAUGAUGGAGCUUAGUUCUACCAGGUUUUAUGUCGCAGUAUUGCUGUGCCACACCCUCAUAUAAGCAGUGUUAUUUUGGUGUCAGAAAAUGGGUUCUUAUCCCCAAACAAAUCAGCUCUUCUGUGGAGUUAAAGCAGUGUUAAUCCUUGAAGCACCACCCACAAGAUAUUUAACUCAGGCCUUACAAGUUCCUAAUUGUACAUCCUUAACUGUGAUGUAACUUGCAAGGCGCUGUAUCUGUACUGCUGCAGUCUGUCCUUCUGAGCUCGCGUUUCUAGUCUGUACUUUCCUGCUAUGCUGUACGACCAGGAGGACAAUCCAUGGGGAGGUGGCAGAACUUGCUGCUGAUCCAAGAUAAGGUUGAUCCAGAAGAGGAUGCCAGUUUCCUCGGUGGGUGCAACACCCGUCUCCUCCUUUGUCCUCCAGCUACAUGCAACAGUUUGAAAUCAGACAGCAGUAGCAAGCCAAGCACCCAUUUGAAUAUGUCCUCUGGUCAAUUUUGUGUGGCUAUAAAUGAACAUAUUUAGUGUCUGGAUGCUAUCGAUGAUGUUAGCUGUAAAGGUGCCACAGUUACCUGUAAAUACUACAGGUCACUUGGAAGCCACAAACUGCCUUUGCGUAAUGUUUGCUAUGCAGCAGACUGAAAGUUCAGGUGCCACUGUGAAUCAUACAAUAAAUACAAACGGCAGUCUGCAAGGGAGACUGAAUGUCAGGUUUUAUUAAAGGGGGUGAAAUCCAGAAAAAAAAAUUUAAAAGCCACUUAGAUAAAACUAGGAUGCAUCCUCACCAUGACUUUGGUUGGCUAGUUAAUUCAGAGUAACUGGAAAGCUCUUGAGAAUAAUUAGUAGCUUCAUACAGAGCACAUUCAAUAACUGGACAGACUUGAGCCUUUUUAGAUGGAAAGGAGCAGAAACGUGUUGGGGGAGGAAGACUUCAAAACAGAUGGGGCAAGUGAAGGGUCAGCUGCAAGCUAAUGAUGCUUUCUGGAGAGCAGGGCAAAAGGGAUGCUCAGCAGUGUUAGAUCACCAGGGCAGAAUGGCUUAAAACAAAAUGCUUUGUUUGACUUGGUAAUUAAGUGCUCUCCUGCAGGAUGUAACUGAGGCCAAUAGUUGAGAAAACCAAAGGAAGUGGAUGUUUAAGGAAUGAAUGACAGGUAGAGUUCAAGGUUUCUUAAUCUUCAACUGCAGGCAGACAAGAAUAUGCUCUUUCAAGAUUUAGUUGCACAAUUAUGUAUGUUAGGAAGCAUUUAAUUCUUCUUAUGCAUCUGAUGUUGAUCCCUUCUCAAGAUGGACACAGGAGCAGGCAUGAGCCCUCUACUAGAGCUAUUUCAAGUCUUCUACUAUGUUUCUAUGUGUGCUAGAAUUCCUGCCCCUUACUGUUUCUAUGUGUCUAGUUUAGCAGAUGGUGCAGGAAACUGGAAAAUGACCUAACAAUUCUCCCCUUCUUGCUCCCCAAAUCUUUGUAACAAGAUGAAUCACUUCAAUACAAAGCUUAGCUUCCUUGCUAACAAGACAGCAUAGCAUCCCCCUGUGACAGAGAGGAUUAGUGCUAUCCAGUUUUAUGCCGUAAGAAACCCGAGGGUACAAUGAAAGAUGAACUUUUACACUUCCACUUCUUUCCUCUCUUAUCUACCUGCUCUGGCUUCUGGUCUGUCUUCCUUUAACCAUAAGGAAAAAAAGGCUGGAGGCGAGUCCUUUCCACUUUUGCAGUCUUUAGAGCUACAGAGAAGGAAUGAAAAUACAGAACUAAACUGUAACUCAAACUCCUUAGUGCCUGCAGAACAAAAAUGAUGGAUCUUGAGGAGUCCUGAUAAAUGUGGAUAUGAUCACUCAUGUAGCUCUGGGGUGUGAAUUUCACUGCUCAGUAGGUCUCACCCGAUAUCUGUUCUGCAGCACGAGUCCUGAACUCUGGAAGGGAACUGCAUCCAUACACUAGGAAUGGAUAGACACUGCCUAUGUUGUAUGUGAAAUCUAGGUGAGCUUUGAAAGACUUGAACAAAGGCUGACCUACUACUAGCAAAACUAUUUUAAAUGUAAUGCAAACCUUGAAAUAAGAGUUCCUCUUUAUACUUUUAUGCAGAUGAGUCCCUUGACAAUACCUGGCCAACUGCAAUUUUUUUAAUGGAUGAAUGGAUUAGUGAGCAAAACUUUCUGCUACAGUGUCACUCUGAUAUAAAUUUCAUAUGCUAAAGAGCGGGGUUGGGUGUCCAUCAGUCUGUGACACACUAGCCAUUUUUUUAACUCUGAUAUGAUAAGCUAAAUGAGUCUUUAGGAACUUAAAGUAUGUUAGCAAGUGUUUUAGCUGGGAGUGGAGUGCUUUUUUUCAGUUGACAAUUUUACCUGUGUGCCACUGUAUGUUUGGAUCAGUACACAGUAUGCUCGGAUCUACCAGAAUAAAUGACUCCAGAACUGUGGCUGAAACAUAGUUUCUGUUCAUGCAGUAGCUGUAUUGCAGCUACCAGAUCUGCUUAACAUGAAGAAUUUUUUUUUUUUUUAAGUAUUUCAGAUGAAAGCCUUAAUCAGGUGCCUGCCCCUUAAGGUAGGCUCACAUGUGGUAUUGUAGGGACUGAAACAUGACUGUGCUCAAAAUUGCAGAGUUUAAGAAACUGUAAUGAACAGAAGAAUGCUCCUGUUGCCAAAGGGCAAGAGUCUGGAUUAGAUGGGCCUGACCUUGCUCCAGUGGAUCUGGCUAAUCGCUUCAGGUGGUUGCUUUAGCCACUUGCUCCUUCUAAGUGAAGUAUUUCAAGUGGUCCUGAUGAUUAGGCCCUAGAUAUAAGCAGGAGGUGCCCCACAUCCCAUGUGUACUGUGUGUGCAAGUCUGGCUGAAAUAACACCGCAUAUUCCAGUGGUCUUGCACUAUUGCCCUGUCAACAUUAAGACCUGCAUUAUGGAUAUAUAAUUUAACCCAAGAAAGCAAGUGCUAUUCUGGCUUGGUGUUUGCUCUGCCAGAGCAAGGUGGAGAUGGUCCCUCUACAGCCAAGCUGAACUCCUUAGGGAAUUUAAUAUUUUUGUCUGUUUCCUGAGCAGGUGUUUACAUGUAUCACAACCACUUCCCUUCAGUGGUGCCCUGGCCCCGUCUGCUCAAGAGCAACUCAACUUAGGCCCAGAAGGCUACUGAAUCCCCCCUAAUCUCUGCAGAGCAGAGUUUCCCUCCAGGACAGGGUUAAGAAGGUGCUAGUGGGACCAAAGCGGUCCCCUUCCAUGCACAUCAGUAUUCUACUCUGGCACUGUUAGGGUGCUCCAAAACCAUUUACAUCUUUAUCACUGGUACAGCUCUGAACUAAGAAAUGGAAGGUUUCUUUCUUUAAGAACAAUAUCAUGUGUGUCUUUUUGUAAUUAAUCAGUGUGGUUCCAUGUUCUUAUGUAGCCAACACAGAACUUGUAUUUAGAUUUAGUUCUUACUGCACUUCCCAUAACCCUCAUGUUGAUACUUCCUCCUGCUUCCUUUGACACUUAGACAAUAAAAUUCCCUCUGUACUGCUCUCAGCUUGUGCAGAGAAAACAA